CCACCGCGCCCGGCCUGGGAGGGGCUUUUCAAGGAUCUACGCUUUAGAGUUUACACCAUCCUUCCAAAUCUUAGCUGCGUUUCCGGGAACUGAGCUGUGUUUACCUUGGCUUCCGAUUACCUUGGCAACAAGUUUCCUGCAAGGAACAGGCGCAGCUCCACACCCUCGAACCUGCUCCCCACCCCCUGCCUUUCAAUAGCCAUCUUCCUGGAGCCGGAGGCCUCCCAGAUUAAGGGCGGGGUACUGGCCCUUUAGACUUGACCUACGAAGGCGGACGGAGCUAAAACUGACGUCAACCGGAAUGUGAGCGGUGUCAGACACGUGGUACAAGGAGGCAUUCAUCUUGGAACAGGGCAACUGGCAUUUCGGCUCUGGAAGUAUCUUUAACAUAAUGUUAGGGAAGCAUCUGUUCUUGGCUGCCUUUCUUUAAUUGCUUUUCCAAUACUCUCGCGAUGAUUCCACUCUCGAACAAAGGAUGAAAUUAUAGAAUCAUACUUUUCUUCCACCCCCACCUCCACACUCUAGUGCCCAUAUUAAAAAUGGCGGCCGCCGCCUUCCGCAGUGAUAGUUGUUCAGCGAAUAAGAUCCGGGCGGAAACAGUAGGUAGGCAGGUGCAGCGAGGCAGAACCUAGGUUGCUUUAGAGAGGUUUUCAGGGGUCCCGAAGGCGGCUCAAGUCACAGUUGUUGGGUUUUGCUCAGAUUGGUGUGGGAAGAGCCUGCCUGUGGGGAGCGGCCACUCCAUACCGCUGAGGCCUCAGGACUGCUGCUCAGCUUGCCCGUUACCUGAGGAGGCAGCGGAGCCGGGCCCCUGACCGGUCACCAUGUGGGCCUUACCGGAAUUGCCCAUGCCGCUGCUGGUGAAUUUGAUUGUCUCGUUGCUGGGAUUUGUGGCCACAGUCACCCUCAUCCCGGCCUUCCGGGGCCACUUCAUCGCUGCGCGCCUCUGUGGUCAGGACCUCAACAAAUCCAGCCGACAGCAGAUCCCAGAAUCCCAGGGAGUGAUCAGCGGUGCAGUUUUCCUUAUCAUCCUCUUCUGCUUCAUUCCUUUCCCCUUCCUGAACUGUUUUGUGAAGGAGCAGUGUAAGGCAUUCCCCCACCAUGAAUUUGUGGCCCUGAUAGGUGCCCUCCUUGCCAUCUGCUGCAUGAUCUUCCUGGGCUUUGCGGAUGAUGUACUGAAUCUGCGCUGGCGCCAUAAGCUGCUGCUACCCACAGCUGCCUCACUACCUCUCCUCAUGGUCUAUUUCACCAACUUUGGCAACACGACCAUCGUGGUGCCCAAGCCCUUCCGCCCGAUUCUUGGCCUGCAUCUGGACUUGGGAAUCCUGUACUAUGUCUACAUGGGGCUGCUGGCAGUGUUCUGUACCAAUGCCAUCAAUAUCCUAGCAGGAAUUAACGGCCUAGAGGCUGGCCAGUCACUAGUCAUUUCUGCUUCCAUCAUUGUCUUCAACCUUGUAGAGUUGGAAGGUGAUUGUCGAGAUGAUCAUGUCUUUUCCCUCUACUUCAUGAUACCCUUUUUUUUCACCACUUUGGGAUUGCUCUACCACAACUGGUACCCAUCACGGGUGUUUGUGGGAGAUACCUUCUGUUACUUUGCUGGCAUGACCUUUGCCGUGGUGGGAAUCUUGGGACACUUCAGCAAGACCAUGCUACUAUUCUUCAUGCCCCAGGUGUUCAACUUCCUCUACUCACUGCCUCAGCUCCUGCAUAUCAUCCCCUGCCCUCGCCACCGCAUACCCAGACUCAAUAUCAAGACAGGCAAACUGGAGAUGAGCUAUUCCAAGUUCAAGACCAAGAGCCUCUCUUUCUUGGGCACCUUUAUUUUAAAGGUGGCAGAUAGCCUCCGGCUGGUGACAAUCCACCAAAGUGAGACUGAGGAUGGUGAAUUCACUGAAUGUAACAACAUGACCCUCAUCAACUUGCUACUUAAAAUCUUUGGGCCCAUACAUGAGAGAAACCUCACAUUGCUCCUGCUGCUGUUGCAGAUCCUGGGCAGUGCCAUCACCUUCUCCAUUCGAUACCAGCUCGUCCGACUCUUCUAUGAUGUCUGAGUCCCUUGAUCAUUGUCCUUUACCUCACAGUCUCUAGGAUUCCUCACUCAGGCUGACCUCUCUCUGGACCAAGACUGCCUCCUGGCCAAGGCGUCUCACUUUUCAUGCUCCUCCAGAUUUUGUUCUCAGCAUUUUCCUUUCCCUGUGAUCACUGGCAUCCUGGGCGUUUCUUGUCCUCUACUGACGACUGAUUGGACUUUGCCUAUGGCCUCCUGCAACUUGCCACUCUCUCCCUCUCCAUCCCAUCUUUGCAGCCUCAUAGGGUGGGAUGCAGCAGUUUUUUGUUUGUUUUUUUUUUUUUUGCAGUUAUCCACACUCAAAUUUCAGAGUCCUGACUUUCAAGGAACUGCUGGUCUUUGGGAUAGAACUUAGGCCAGGGCUAGGGACACAGGCUCCAAGGUGACAUGUCAUUUGAUUGUAAAUUAAGUGUUCUGAUUAGUAAGAGCUGAGCAGGGGGCCACAUGCUCCCAAUGCAGACAAUAAAGUGUUGUCUUUUUCUUAUUGUU